AUGCCUUUAGCAAACACGUUUGGAACACACAGUUUAGAAGCUCAUCCUUUGCACACGCAGCCUACAGUUCAUAUCAAACUCAGUAAAGAGGAAAGAUCUCAUUAUAAGGAGCGGUAUCAUUCCUUAGAGUAUAUCUCCAAUUAUGUGUCUGUUUUUGACCAAGCGAUGAGUGAUAAUAUUGACUCCAAGAUCAGGAAGGAAAAUGAAACCUUAUUGAAAAAGUAUUAUGAAUCAAGGAAACCGUUUACUUUUGCCAACUUCAGGCAAGGAAGCGUAAUAAGCUCUUCGGAUUCCUCCACAGGUUUUACGGAGAGGACAAAAACCUAUGGUUUUUUGAACGACUUCGUUAGUAAUUGUGUUAACGAGGUAGACCCAUAUACGCUAAAAAUGACAGUAAGAAAUAGACAAAGUGCUCUAAAUAUGGUGAACAUCGACGAUGAACGUAAAAACAAGGAUGGCUUGUACGAUUUCGAAAACACUACAGACGAAGAUUGUAAUGGUAGGUCUAGUGGUGGUUUUCAAUAUUCAUCGGAGAGACUAGAAAUUCUUCGCUCACGUUCGACAAGAUCGUAUUUUAAGUAUUACAAGAAGCUUUUAACCGUAGAUCUGAGGGACAGUGAUGUCUUGAAGAGACAUAACUUAUGGAUGCCAAUGAUUACCAAAAAAUUUAGGUUUCUAUUAGUACCAAAUACAGAACCGGAGGAUACAAGUUUUACAACCCCCGUACCAGCAUACUUACAACCGUCCGAUUUGGAUAUUUUUCAGAAAAAGACAUGCCCACUUUUCAUCAACGGCACUGAUUGUGUUCCUAAGAGUUACGAUACAUUUUCAGGUUCUUCUGUUGUCACUUCUAUUUUUUCAGAAUAUAAGCUCCCAUCUCUUUCAUACCAUUGUUCUGUCGAAUUAAAUGAUCAAUUGUUUAUUGUUGGUGGAUUAAUGGCAUGUCAUAGGUAUGAUGAAGAAGCACCUGAUUUGAAGGACUUUUACGUAGAUGGCAUAGAAAACUUACCACCACCGCUAUUACCAGAAUUAAUAAACAAUCCAUCCAUGAUUUCUAAUCCACAUUUAUACUGUGUUUCCUUAACGUCUUCCAGACUAACAAGGCCUGACAUUUCAGGUUAUAUCCCACCUCCACUAGUGUGCACUCAGGGUUGUAAAUUGACGGAAAGACAUAUAUUUUUUUAUGGCGGAUUUGAAAUCAAGUCAGAAACCCAGGUCGAUGAAAAGGGAAGGUACUUUAUAAGGAAGAGAGCUUUUCUGAAUAAUACAGGUUACAUCUUAGACACAGUAACGUUUAAUUUCUCAAAGAUUGAGUUAGCGGCUCCUCCAUACCAGUUUGCAAUUUACAAUAAUUUCUCACCCAGAUUUGGUCAUAUGCAGACAUCAGUAAGUAAUGCUAAUAACAACUCGGCAAAUGAGAAUACCCCAUCCAGCACGAAAGGAAGAAGGUCAAUUAGUCCAUAUUGCCGGGGCAAUGGGGAGUACAAAAUUGAUGAUUUAGUAGGUUCCUCAGAAAGCAAGGAUUAUUUACCAGGCGGCUCGAUGUCAAACAUAACAAAUCCAAGAUCUUCAGAUAGUCUUCCUCCCAAGACUUGCUCCCCUGGAAAACAUACUUGUAGCUCUGUUAAUACCAUCCUUAUCUUUGGAGGUUAUAGCCAGACCGGUGAUGAUAAGUAUGAAGCUAUGAAUGACAUGUGGAAAAUAGAUAUCCCAGUAAUUUCUCGUGGGAAACGCAAUUACUAUAAGUUUGCUGAUACUGUCACAGCCACUAAGAUUCGUGUCAUUGAUGAUCCAGAAUUAUGGCCAAGCAGAAGAGCGUUUUCAGCAUGCUGUGUCCCAGACUAUUUUACUAAAGAUGCUGAGCCUAUAGAAACAAGACUUUUGAGAAAUUUGAGAAACGAUUUUUCCAUAGAUGUGGAAAUUCAGCCAGGCAAUAAGCCAUCUCAACCACUUUUCCCAAAUAUCCCGCAUUCUAGGAAAGAAAAGAAAAAUGGUCACGAAAGUAAGCAUGCUUCCAGCUCUGGUAAUAGUACCAGUGAAGAAAGCUCGUCAAAGUCUCCUAGAAACACAACCUCAAGUCCCCCUACAAGUCCCAAACAUACACCACUAUUGAACGGGUUGAAGAAAGGUACCUCAUUUGGAAGGACGGUCGCGUUCCAUGGAGGUUCAGAUGGCUAUAACGUUUGCUGUGAUAUGUGGUGGUUUGACUUUGAUUCCGAAAAGUGGACGAAGAUAGAUCUAUAUGCUAAAACACAGAACGAAUCAGAUGGUAUGGUGCCUAUAAAAUUAUGUAUGGUGGGACAUUCAAUGACAACGGUGGGUCAUACGGUAAUGUUUAUCGGAGGUUUACGACAAGGUGAUGUCGACCGAUUAUACCGCGACGAACCUCUUCCCAAAGAAAUAAUAUCGGGUGUUCCACUCGGUAGUGGCGUUAUAAAUGUCGUGGAUUUAGAUACCCAGUGUCUUCAAGGUUGCAAGCUAGUACGAAGCGACGGAGACACUAAAGAUUCAGUCGUUAUGGACCCUCACGUCGGCACACCUCAUCAAGUAUUGACUGUUGCAGGCACAAUAGCACUAGUCAAUGGAACCAUGACCCUAGUAGGAGGUGUAGCUGCAGAUCGCCGAAACAUUUCGGAGCUUUACAUGAGGGGAGCUGUCUUACAGUUCAUUCUACCAAGUAUGAAUCUUGCCAACUAA